GCCACUUCCGGGGGAUUCGCCGCAUCAAAUUUCCCCCGGGAAGCAGGCCUCUUGACCAGCAGCUUGGGAGCCCGAACCGUUUCCCAGAACGUACAGGGAGGGGAAAUGCUUUCAGUGAUUCUCUAGAACACGCAUGUUUUUGUGUGCUUUUGUGGGUACAUUAUUUGGGACGUAUGUUCUUGGCGAAUUUCUUAAUCUGGAAGCCCGACCGGACUAUAAAACGCGCACGCACCCCAAUUUCCGGAGGACAGAGAUUGCGAAGAACAACCAGGAAGCAGCUGGGUUGGGAGCUGUCCCCGGUUCUCCGCUUUGCUUUCGUGGGUGCCUCCAGGGGUCCCCAAGCCGCGGCCCCCCGACUGGUCCUAGGCUCCGGCCCGGGUCCAUCACUCCGGAGCUGCCAUGUCAUCCGAUUUCGAAGGCUAUGAGCAGGACUUCGCGGUGCUCACUGCAGAGAUCACCAGCAAGAUUUCGAGGGUCCCCCGACUCCCGCCUGCUUGAACAGAUGGAUUUAGAAGUCCGUGAGAUACCACCACAAAGUCGAGGAAUGUACAGCAACAGAAUGAGAAGCUACAAGCAAGAAAUGGGAAAACUCGAAACAGAUUUUAAAAGGUCACGGAUCGCCUACAGUGACGAAGUACGGAAUGAGCUCCUAGGGGAUGAUGGGAAUUCCUCAGAGAACCAGUUGAUAAAAUUACGUGAAGAGAGGGCACAUCUGCUCGAUAACACAGAGAGGCUGGAAAGGUCAUCGCGGAGACUAGAGGCUGGGUACCAAAUAGCAGUGGAAACCGAACAAAUCGGCCAGGAGAUGUUGGAAAACCUCAGUCAUGACAGAGAAAAGAUACAACGAGCACGGGAAAGACUUCGGGAAACAGAUGCAAACUUGGGGAAGAGCUCCAGGAUUCUGACGGGGAUGUUGCGAAGGUAAGAGCAAGAAUCAUCCAGAACCGCAUCCUGCUCGUCCUCCUGGGAAUCAUCGUGGUCGUCACCAUCCUGACGGCGGUCACUUUUUUUGUCCGAGGACACUGAUGUAUCAGCUCUCCCUUGAUAGACAGCAACCGAGGCUUGUUCUGAGUAAUUAAGACAAAAUGGUCACAUGAAUCAUUCUUUUGCGCUGACAGGCCCUGCGUGACCCUCUCUCUCCCUCACCACUGUUCAGCUAAAGAGCAAAGAGUGUAAAAAUAUUUUCUAUUCCUGUUUGCAUGUGGGUUGGUUUCCUUUUCUAGAUUUGUCUUCACCCAGAUUUGCUUUUCUAGGCAAAGGUGAAUGUUUAUUUGCCUUUGGGUAAUGUCAUCUGUUGUCCAAAAUAGCCUUGGUGACAUUCUUCCUUACCCUGCGGACAUGUGAGGGGUCACGGUUUGAAAGAGGGCAUGAUGAGUCAGUCACGAGAGUUUCUGUCUGUCACGUAUCUCUUGUCACCAAAAAGUCCUUCUAUGAUGUCCAAGGAUAAAAAUGCAAAGAAAACCAGGGGCCAGGGCCAGGGCCCAGCUCCUGCAAGCCAGCCCUGUCCCUUCUCAGGCUUAAUAAAUACAGUCAACCUGCCUGAGCGCUUUUAUUGCAAAGGAAGGUAUUUAAUGUCACUUGUACAGGAAAUUGACUUAGCACUUUCCCUGUUUUUCUAUUGCAUAAUUUUUUUAACCCAAGAAUAUUUUUGCUGAACCUGCCCAAUAUCCACUUUUCUCAACUUUGGUUACUAGCCACAAGAAAUAUUUCCCUGCCUUCUCCAAAUCACACAUACCCCAGAAUUUGCUGGCAAAAGGAACCCUGGCACAGUAUGUAAUGGUGACCUCAUCCUCCCUGACCCGUGUAAGCAUCUCUGUAUCCUUUCAGUUUUAAUAUCUGCUCUGCCAAAAGCAGCCCUCAAACAUGCAAAAGGUCUGACAAGGUUCUCUCCACUCCAUUCCAGUAUGUAAAGAGAACAUGAAUAUUUCAGUAAGAGCAAGAACAUGACUGUCGGUGUGAAAUUUCCAAUGUGGUUAUAAAUCUGGGGGAGUCCUAUAGGAGGAUCCACUAGAAAUAAACUUUGUGGAAAAUGUUCACUAUCCUCCUUUCAAAGAAUGAGGGAUUGCAGAGAGUUACAAAAGGACCACUUGGGUUUUUUACCAACAAAUGUUAGUAAAGCCUUUCCUGAAUUCACUGUAUGCCAACCUCCAACAUGCUCUGUGAUUUUUCUUUCUGUCUGAGGUAACCGGGAAUUGCGUUCAAAAUGAGUUCAUUUGUGAUCGAGCUUAAAAGUUGCCCAAGCUGAGGUUAUUUUCCCCCUAGUCAUAAAGCAAAAUGUGUUUUUCUUAAGACUUCAUAGGCACUUAUGGGGUCCCUACUAUCUUUUGAAUAUAAUUGGACGCUUUGAAUCCUCGAAAAGCAAACCUGUUCUCCUCAUAAAACAUGCUAACCGCCUGUGCUCAUGGAUCAAGAUCAUCCGAAGGCAGCACUUGAUAUUUUUCCCCAACUCGGAAGAGAGCUAUUAUUUGGAGAGGAAAUGCAGACUUCACAACCCACCAGAGGAAUCAUAUUUAUCAAAACGGGCCAGGGCCUGCAUGUGUUCGGAUAAAUCAUUUAGUAUUGUGUAAAUAAAGCUGCAGCCUCCAUGUCAGGGAUGGGAUGGGAUUUUGGCUUAGCAAAGUAGGACAGCAAAGGAGCAGGAAGCUGUGCUGCUGUUCCUCUCAGCUCAAGGGACCCAUCUCAGCGAGGAUCUCUCAUCCUGACAUCCCAAUUCUGGACAUUCCCAACUCAUGGAAGAAACCGUUGAGAGCAAGGAAACACAAGCCCUUCUCAUUCUGGAACAGGGAUCGUUGGCAAGUGCACGGACCCUUUGGUGACUCCACUUGACCUUAGUGAGGGGCGUGACCUGUCUGAGCUGCGCCUCGGCCCCCACCCUUCACACUCGGUGCACCCUGGCCACAGCCACCUAGCGAGCAAGAUUGAGCUGAUGACCUCCACUCGCUGGCUCCUAGGUAUUUCCCUGAAUCCCUGUGUUCCUGUUGAAGCAGAUGAGAAAGAAGGAGCUCAUUCCCUGCUCACAUCUCAAUGUUUUUUCCCUACCAUGUCCUAUGUCUGUGAUUUUGCCCCAGAUCAAUCUUGGGAUUGGUAUAAACAGAGAACCCUCGACCUAUCAUCUCCACCAAACCCCCUCCAGAGCAACCACCUAGACCAGGCCAGGGAGCGCUUGGUAAGGAAGCUGGUGAAGGUCCCUUGUGCCCGCUCUUGGCCCUCUUGGAUGCUGCAAGAGACACUCAAAGGGCCCCAAGGGAGGCCAGGUGCAUGCCCUCCCUCCUGCUGCACUGGGGAAGGAAGACAGUCCACACGUUUGAAGCAGGUCCUGGGUCUAUGGAAGGUUCUAGGCACCUAAUAUGUAGACUGCGAUUGUUGAAUAUUCCCAAAGUUGGCAGCCUUUGUUAAAAAUGAUGCUUGACGGGAGGGUGGAGGGGAGAUGAAGAUGAAGGCGUGGAGGAGGAAGAAGAGAAGGAAGCCCUGGCCAUAUAAAAUUCAUGCAGACUAAACAGUUUCCCUGGCAGAAUAAAUAAAGCGGAUGCUACCCUGCUCCAGAAUCAAAAGCAAUUUAAUUAAAGUCUCUUAAGUUGUAAAGAGUUUUAAAUGUUCCGUGUUGAAGGCGAAAGCCUGCAAAUGCAGCCGGCUGACGUCAGCGGCCGGGCCUGGGCUGGGAGGCCAUUUGCUAUUCUGUUUCAGGCAGGCUGGAUUGUCUUAUUUUGGAACCAGCUUGGUGGGGGGUUUGCUUUGCUACUGCUUCUGAGCCCUGAGCUUCAAAGGCUGAAAUUAAUGGUGAACAAAAUUGUGCGGCUCUGGCCGUCCCAUGCGGGGCAGGCCCAUUGAGGGUUAUCAUUAAGUAAAGAAAUAAAGAGGGGGAAAAAGGCUGCCUGUUCCAAAAACCUCAUCAGAUAAUGACCUCGGUGAUUGGGUUUUCAUUACCAAACAGCAACCAGAGAUUACCAACCCGUGGAAGAAGGGAGGGGGGGAAGAAAGAAAGGAAAAGCCACUGUCUUUCUCUCCCUCUCUCUCUCCUUUUUUUUUUUCCCCUGCACAUCUUUUCUUUAAAACUGUCAGAUCAUUUCAGUAUUUCAAAUCCGAGGAAAACAGCCUGCCUGCUGCUGUAUUUGAAGUUGUAAUGGUGUCAAAAAGUCACGACUGACUGACAGCCGUCAGUCCCAGAGGGGCUCAUUAAAUCAUAAAAACUUGACAAGGAAAUAAUUGCGCAUCGCCAGCAACUUGGCGCCUGUUUAGACGUUUUUAUUUUCUUUCAUUAUUAGUCCCCACAUUACGUUCAUUAACAAAUUGCAUUAAACAACUGUUAAGGGCUAAUGAUUUGUUUAUCGCUUUUUUUAUUAUUAUUAUUUAAACAUCAGCUGUGUCAUGUGGUACCUCAGCAGCCUCUUGCCAUCAUCUGACUGAAUAUUUUUCCACUCCGAGCUCUGGGUACUGUUGGAAUAUGAAAUAGAUUAUUCAUUACUCUCCUCUUUGCCACUGAUUUGGUUUCAUGUAGCGUCUUCCACAGAGAAAGAUGAAAACUUGUCAAAAAUAGGUUAUAUCUUAUUCGAAGGGGCAACAAUAGCGGCAGGUCCAGGCACACUUUAAUAUUUAAUUAAGGUUGAUGUUAACCCCCUUUAAAUGACUUUAGCUGUAAGUUAUAUUUAAAUGCAGAAGAGAAAAAUAAUUGUUCUUAAUUUGCAACCUGGUCAGCAGGCAUUCUUCAUGGAGUUAGCUGGAAAUUUAGAGCAGAAUUUUUAAAUAAUGAAAUUUCCCAUCAUAAAUAUUUAUGGCGGUUUGUCUACGUAGUUGAGAAUUAACUACAAGCGAUGAUUUCCUUGUCUCUUUGGUGUGCACUGCUAGCCUAGUGGGCCACUCUGUGCUUGGGAGCAGCGUGGCUUUCUUGGGAGAAACGUGUGCUUGGAGGGGAAGUCCAGCACCAAGGACGGCCGGCUGGUUGUGGCCAGCGCCAGUUUCAAAAGAACUGCUGUGAGUCCGUGGGCCACUUGCCUUCCCCUUUAGCUGAGUGUGUGGUUGGAGGACUGUGGCCUGCAGUGAGACCGAGUAGAGCGGUCUUACAGGAGGACUUGUGUGUGUUCCGUGGCCCGCGCAGCGAGGCCGUGGUGGGGAGUCCUGGCGCCUCUGUCUAGUCAACCCGAGCUCAUUACAAACACUGCUUCCCUAACAGGCAUGGCAGCAGCACUUUGCAGGGAUUGACCUUCCACCCUUUUUCCUUUCUGUGACUCACCCUUGCUGAACUGAUUGGCUCUUCUAUGGGCUGUGAGCUUGAGGGCCCAGAAGGGACAAAGCUCCAUCACGGUCUCCGAAUCAGAAGGCAGGGGCAAUUCUUCGUGCCAUAACUGCUAGCUUCGAUGAGUUGACAUCAAGCACAGAGCCAGUCGCAGAGGCCUGGUCCAUGGGCACUUCAGGGUAGACUGCUCUGAUCUGGUCCAGGGAACGCCUUUUCCCCAUCCUAUUUAUUUCUGAUCACACUCUCCAUCCCCAGAACCCUUAGGUGACCACGUGAGGGGUGCGUGUUCCUGCUCAGUGCAGCGUCAACACCACUCACCUGAGGACAGAGAGUCCUGCAGGAGCCCUAGGCCAGCCCAGCAGGCAGCAGCCAGGCGAGGCCUAGUUCUAAGUCCCACUGAUCUCUACAGAGACAGAAAUGGUGGACUUGCACCUGGAAGUUCCAUCUUAGUCCAGACCCAUUAACGGCAUGAUGACCCACCUCCCUCAGGAUGACCUCCACACUUUAGCAGAAGACAGGAAGGCUCUGUGGUGAGCAGGCCCAGUGACAUAGACAGGGAAGUGCUGCGGGAAGACACAGAGGGCUGAGAGGCUGCCAGCCUCUCAGGUCAGUGGCAACGGGAACUUUGCAGAGCCAGUUUACCAGGACAGGUAGGGCAAAACCAAGACGGCAGGGCAAAUGGGGUGAGACCAGAUGGUGUACAGGUGAAGACAAGGGACUCCUCACCACCAGGGGGUAGGAGGUGGCUGUAGGCUUAUCCCAGUGAAGAGCCCAGAGGGAGGGGCCCAGGCAGGUAGGCCUCACCUUGUAGCUCCCUGAGCCCAUCAGUGCCUUCCUGAGAAGAAGCCAGAGAAGGGGAAUGACAGGGUCCCCACCCAGGUCACACACCACCCCUGUCUGCAGCUCCAGGAGCUCCUGGAGAGCUGUGGGGAAAGCACUUCCUCUUCCUGAAUCGCCUCUUACUCCUGCUACAUAAAUAACGAAGGCAGCCCAGCGAGAGGGGGAGAUGCGGGAAGCAGAGCUCUGGACUCUGAUUCCGUGAACCCAUGCCCCCUCCCUCCCUCCAUCCAAACAAGGCCCUUUGGCGUGAAUAACAGCUCAGCGGCGGCUCCGCAACCAUAUUGAUCGGCUGGUGCCUGGGCUUUUCCUGGGGCCAGGACUGCUGGAGCCAGCCGCCCCGCCCCUCCUCGCCCCCUGCAGGUGUGCUCAGGAGGGGACAGCACCGGGAAGGUGGGGGUGGGGGAGCCAGGCCCUGCUCUGGCUCAGCACGGCUUCAUUGCCGCAACUUUUUUGUUUUUAACUUAUUUUGGCAGGAAAGGUACCCAAGUUAGAAAUGUGUUUUCAUGACGAGGCCCCACGGAGUUGAGAAUGAACACAACCUCCGGCUGCAGCUUCUCUCCAGAAGAUUCUGCCAAGGACCCAGGCCACAGAGGCAUGGUCAGCUGACACUUCCAGGGGCCCUUCUGGGCACUCAGCUUUGGACUAAGCCCUUGGGCCUAUCGUGCUGCAAUUCCCAGUCAGUUUCCCUGCCUUCUGCAAUCAGGAGGGAGAGGGCCAAGCAUGUGGCGCAGCCAUCACCUGGGGGGCUGGGGACUGUUGCUGAAUUCAGUGGAGAAGUGCCUGCCAUGGCCGAUGACCAGCAGAGACCGCAUCCUGCCACCCCAUUCCCUAACUAAUACUGACCCAACCGUCCCCAGCCCUCUCUGCAUCUCUUCUGGACACAGGAAGUCACCAAGGCCUUAGCCCCUUAAGGGACACAGUCGUGAGGUCAUCAGGCCCCAGCACAGUGACACCUGAAAUCUCACCCCUAAAGAUCCAUUCCUCUGGUUUCCAGUUUUUUUGUUUUGUUUUGUUUUGUUUUUGUUUUUGGUACAGGGGAUUGAACUCAGGGGCACUCGACCACUGAGCCACAUCCCCAGACCUAUUUUGUAUUUUUUUAAAGACAGGGUCUCACGGAGUUGCUUAGCACCUCGCCAUUGCUGAGGCCGACUUUGAACUCACAAUUCUCCCAUCUCAGCCCCACAAACUGCUGGGAUUACAGGCGUGCGCCACUGCGCCCAGCUUGGUUUCUGGCUUUUCAUGCUAGAGAAAUGCAGGUUCAUUUUUCCCUGGGCGGCUCCCAUCCCACCAGCUGCAGAUUUCUUUGGGUGAAACGCCUGACCCUUCCUUGGGAGCUGAUUAUGAGUUUGGGGAAGGGGGGACCCACCACCUGAGGGGGCACUUGGUGGUUUCUGGGAGAAGCAUCCUUGCUCCCUGGGACGAGCUCCCUGGAGGUUUCUGGGUCUCAGCGGCCUUAGGUAAUGGAGGGUCCACGUACCCCUGAUCAGGCCCAGUUAUUAAGGACUGUGCUGUGCCCAGGGCUGCAUUUGGACAAUCACAGGGUCAGAAAAUGGGCUCUGCCAAGCAGCAGAGGUCCCCUGGGCAGGUCCCACCACAGUGUCCUUGUGGGGCAGGGUUGGGAGCAGGCAGGGAGGUCAGAGUGGAGAUAGGCAGGUAACCCUGGGCCCUGCACAUCAUUCCCACUGAGCUGUUCCAGCCUUGUCUUGCCCCAGCCCUGCUGAGAGUGAGAAGCCCAAGGUCACUGUGCUACACAAAUUGGCAUUUGGGAAAGGCCCCAGACGGAUUUUUUUAUGCCCUGAACAGACCGUCCCACACUGUUCCCCCAAGUGUCUUGGUACAGGGGACAUCCUGGUGAACAGAGCCUCUCUCUGCUCUCUGCAUCUCCUCUCAUUCACCCCACCCCUCCUGGCUCCCACUUCCUCUGCAUUUCUAAAAGGGGAAGGCAUUAGAGUGAGGAGAACCAGGUGGCUUCGGUGAGCUCACCACAGUCCCUGAUAAGACUUCAAAAUCAUCAGACCUUUCCCCUUUGUGGAGGAGAGGUGUAUUCAGAUUUAUUCAUCCAGUCAAUAAAUAUUUACUGAGCAUCUACUAUGUUCCAGGCCCCAAGGACACACAAAGAAGAAAUUAAACAGGAAGUCAGAGGCUCGCUGCACUGGGGUGCGGAAGUCAGAAAGCCUUUUCACUCCCGGUGUCCUGACUUGCUUUCUGAUCUUGGACAGGUCACUCUCGGUCUCAAAAUCAGGUUGAGAGACCCUGCUUCUGCUGCCCUCCACGGCUGCCCCUGAGGUCAAUACAAAGCCCUUUCCAGACACGUGCUCAGUGUCCCUUCGUCUUUGCAAUCCCCAGGACUGCCUUUGCAAAAGAGGAUAUGAAUAGGGAUGAUAGUGACGGUGGCCGCGAGUACAUAGGUUCUCAUCAGCACUGGCCCACACUCAGGACUGGCCCACGAGAUGCCGAGGAACAGGGCUUUUUUUUUCUUCUUCUCCUUCUUGUUAAAUGAUAAAGGUCUGACUUGGCGGGCAAUCAGAAGCCCAAAAUAUCAUAAAAGGGAAAAAAGUUGCCGAGUGGCUAAGAGGUGCACCACGGGAGUGUCGCGCGGGGCGCAGCCGGCAAGGUGGAUGCUGAGCAGCGAGCAGGGAGCGGGGAGGAAAUGCAGCCAGAGACAUUUUCAAAGGCUUUUCUCUCCUUCUUCUCCUCCCUGGUCCCCAUACCAAAAGGGGAAAUUGAAGGCAAAUCCAGAUCUGGACAUGGGGCUGGUUUGUCCCACACACACCCUCCCCCGAGACGGUAGAGAAACUUUGAUGUCUGAGCAGGUGGCAUGGGAGCAGGGAGGAGCUGGGCAUCCCGGCCAUGCAGCUGGGCCUAUGUGAACCCCAGUGUGAGAGAUGGGGCCCACGGGGCUGCCUGCAGCAGGGUUGUGAAAUGGGGAAAUGAUCCCCGUCUCUCCAGCCACCCUGACAACAGUUCUCACGUGGGAGGAGAGCAAAUUCACAGAACCCUGCGCAGGUAGGCACCAGGGGUCAUGUUGGUCAACUUACUUGUUUUCAGAUAGAAAAAUGGGGCUCAGGGAGGGAACGAGGCUUGCCAAAGACCUCUCAGCAAAUCGGUGACUCAGCCACCAGUGGACUCUGGGCCUUCAGCUCCAGGAAGCUUCUUCCCUCCCGCGCCCAUCCUCCCAGCAACCCCAGGUCAGGGCACCCAGCCUUCUCAGGCUGACACCGGCCACAGGGCUGGUGGCCUGGGUAGUGCUGGCUUCUGCACCCCUGGUGCUGAAGUUCCCAACAGCCAUGGGGAAGCUCAGCUCCAUCCCUGUCCUGUCCACUGUGGCUCCUUUCCCCCCCAAAUGUCAAGUCCUUGAGGGAGCAAGGGAUGCCCUGGGUCUCUCCUAGGUGAGCUCCCAGGAUCAUCCUGGGAAAGCGUUUCUACUGCACUUUCUUGUGAUAUCUUCUCAGCCACCAUCGCUAGCUCUCUACUCCCCCAGGAGACACUGUGGGAAAUGAUUCAGUAAUAAACACCCCCCACCCCGACACUGCGCCCCUGGGCACUCCCAGAGACUCCGAGCCACCGAUGCUAAGGGGGGCCCUGAGAAGACUCCCAGCUCCCCGGCAUCCAUGGUAGAAGAAACAGGGGAGGUUCCUGACCCAGUGGGGAGGAAGGACCCCCACAGCAGCCUCUGGAGUGCAGACCCCUCCAGAAGAUGAGGACACUUGACAUGCUGGGCUUCUUCGUGGUCUUGGAUGUCGGACUGGUGUCACAGCUGUGUGAUCAGUGCAGUCACAUGACCCCGGCUCAGAGGGGCCCCUUCUGAGCUUGGGGGUUAAUGUUCUGCAGUCCCAUCCAAAAAUUCCUCACAAUUUUGUCUUUGUAAUCUCACUUCUGGGGUCCAGGUCUCAGUGUCUCAUCUUUCUGCUCCCUGAAGCCCCAGUUCUGCUCAGCCUCUGUCUUCCUGCGCCUGCCCAGCAACUGUUUCCAACAGGCACAGAGAGGGUGAAAGAUCAAGUCAGGCAUGCACAGCCCUGGGAUCUUGGGGUGAGGCACUGUGGCCGCUGUCACCACCCUAGCUGUCACUGUCGUGGCACAUUCAACAGGAUGACCAGAUGGAAGUGAGCCAGCGUGUCCUCAGAGCCCCUGUGGGUUGCCCAUCUGAGGUGGGUUGGGCAGGGGUCUUGUGAAAGGGGCAGAUGCCAGGUUCAACCUCCUGCCCUAGGUGUGGAGGGCUCAAAUGCUAUGCAUGCCCAAAUUAGCUCAGCACCUGUGAGGGCCUGCAGUCCCCCCGGAAGGCUCUUCAUGGACCCCAUUCGCCAGCUCCAUGCCUGAGAGGACCCACCUUCCUGGGUGUAGCAUGUCUCUGCUGGCCAGCCCCUGGCACCCUCCGGAGAUGAGCCAUGAAAUACAGCGUGCAACUCCAGCGGGUGUUAAAUAUUCCAAGAUUUCCACUUAAAACUGGCAUCGCACAAUAUAAAGAUGAGCGGUAAAAGUCAUCCUAAUAACUUAAAAUUUUAACUUAGAGCUUCAACAAGCAAAUUAAAAACACCACGACGAGUCUAAAGAGCCCAGGGAAAAGCAGGAAGGCGCUGGGGUUCUUGCUGUUUUACAGGAGGCCCCACAUUUUCAUUUUGCAGCGUGUCCCACAAAUUACGUAGCCAGACCUUCCUGGAUGAGUCACUUUUCCUCUUGGACAUACAUUUCCCUAUCAGUAAGCCUGACCCUUAGUUAUCCUUGUCCCUUCCUUGCUCCUGGGCACAUUAGGAACAUGCUCAUGGAAAGACCCGUGGAAGAGAUCGGGAAGUAGUCUAUGGGCCAGUCCUCGGCCUUGGAGUCACCGGGCUUCUCUCCGUGUUCCUUUUUUGUGCGGGUAUUAGUGCAUUAUAGUUAGACACAAUAGUUGGGUUAAGGCCCUUUUUCUUAAAAGGAGAUCUGGACUGGAAUCCAGAGAAAGUUCAGCCUGCUCACGAAGAUCUAACCACCGUUGAUAAGUCCGUCUCUACCGGAGGUGUUCCCCCUGGAAAAUAUGUUCUAAAACUGAGGCCCCCAUCUAAAAGUCUCUUCAGGUACAGAAUAGAGGUAGGAAGCACUCAGAGAUUCAAUUUAACUCAGAAAUCCAAGUGAGUUGUGAAAUCAAGUCUUCAUCUGGUCCAAGAACUGAGGCCUUACAAUUCGCACGCCCCAUCCUUGAUCUCCACACCCAUCCAUUCAAUUUCCAGAUGAUGUCAGGAUGUUGGAGCUCGAUCCAAGGUCGCCAACAUGAAAGAGGCUGGGUGCCGGCCAGGUGUGUGUUGGCAGGUGUCAUCCGCUUGGGAGUGGUGCAAGUUUUGAUUCCACUUCCACUUCCCAGAAGAACGUGUCCCCAAUGUGGAGCUGUUUUCUAAGCUAUCGUUCGUUAGGGUUUCAAGUGCAGCUUUCAGUCCGCUUCAUGUGACACUCUGGGAUGCAACUGCCCAAGGGUUAAAUGGGUCUGAAGUCGUAUCAUGUCAUUCUGCAAAAAGUUCUGCUGCUUUAUGGAAUGAGUGAAUGAGUCCGUGUAGACCAGGUUGCCUCCAGUGGAGCCCAAAUAUGGCAUUACGUACUCAGCAGUGUCAUUAUGGGAUCAGGAAAAAUUCAGUGAUCCCUAUUUGGUUUCUCUGGCUCUUUCCCAAUAUCAGAUGGUCAGUCUCUCUCUUUUUCCCUCCCUCCCUCUCUCUCUAUCUCUCCCUCCCCCCUCCUUCUCCCUCCUUCUCUCUGUCUCGUUAAUGUGUUAGGGUUUUUAUCUUAUUUCCCAUAUUACAUUUUGCGUAAUAUCUCCUAACUCCAGCUCAGCUUCCUAAAGAUAAUUCAUUAGGCUUGAGAGCUGCUCCAGCGUGGGAUUAGAACUCGUGUAGGACACAGUCACGUUAAACUGAGAUCCGCUAAUUAAUCGCUCUUCUCUGUGUAACUGGUGAUAGCGCUUCUUCCCCGGGGAAUUGCAAUUUCAUGGUUCCUAAUGAUGCUGCGAUUACAUUAUCUGGACCGCUUAGGCCGGGGGUGUCAGGAGCCGUGCCCAGAGCCUGUCUCAGGGAUGGGAGAAAUCACUCCGCAAACCCAGGGGGUGGAAGGAGGGAGCUGGAAUUUCUGUUGCUGGUUUUCAUUAAUGUGCGGCUCUUGCUCACAUCUCGCUCAGACAUUAGCCUCGAGUUCCAUUGUCUCUCAGCUCCACAAUGCCUUUUGCCCCAGAACCCUCACAUUUUUUCUAGUAUUCCCAGGGUGAUUGUUUGUAAAAAUCUAUUUAUUUGCUAUAUUCCACAAAGUAAUUUAUUUCAGCAUUUAUUUUCAUUAGAUUUCUUGGAAAUGUGGUUCUACAUGUUGUUAGUACAAGUAAUACAUUUUGAUGGUUGUUUCCUGAACUACCUUGUAUUAUUGGAUCAGUUAAAUAAAAUGCCUAACUCCAAA